AUGGCAUCAGAGCCGCGAUUCCGACCUAGGUCAGCGCCGCCGCCGUCGUCUUCCGGUGCCGCCGGUGCCCUCCGCGCCCUGCUCUCCUCCGCCGCGAUGGCGUCCUCCUCCGAGUCAUCCUCGACUCUGCCGGUGGUUAUCUCCUCCACCGCGACUUCAAUCCUGGGCGCGGCGCCGCCUGCUCCCGCGACCAUGCCGCUGCCGGCCGUCUCCGUGCUGCCAGUGGACGGAUCUUCAACCAUGCCGCCGCCGGUGCCCUCCGAGCUGCCAGCGGACGGAACCAUCCCACCAGGGUCCGUCCAGCCAGGGUUCAACAACCCGCCAGGGUUCAACAACGCCCAUCCCAUCUACACAGAAUCGGAUCGGGUCGCAGCCUCCAUGGCACACGCCGCCGCUGCUGGUCUUGGAGGCAUGGCGGGCUUCCCUGGAUAA